CACUCUCUGCGCAUGUGCACACGCUGCGGGGGACGCCCCGGCUGCCACCGCCCCCCGCCGCAGCUCUAUGGUCUCUCCCUAGAGCUUUGCCGUUGCGGGCAGCUGCUGCGGCCCUGUCCGCCCCGCGCGGCAGCGACAUGGAGGAAUUCGACUCCGAAGACUUCUCCACCUCGGAGGAGGACGAGGACUACGUGCCGUCGGGUGGAGAGUAUAGUGAAGAUGAUGUAAAUGAAUUAGUGAAGGAAGAUGAAGUGGAUGGUGAAGAGCAGACACAGAAAACCAAAGGGAAAAAAAGAAAGGCUCAGAGCAUUCCGGCCAGGAAGAGAAAACAAGGUGGCCUCUCAUUAGAAGAAGAGGACGAGGAGGAUACCAACGAGGAAUCUGAUGGAAUUAGUAGUGAGGAGGAAGACGCAGCUGCAGAGCAGGAAAAAGACAUUGAGUCAGAGGAUGCAAGGAAAAAGAAGGAAGAUGAACUAUGGGCCAGCUUCCUCAAUGAUGUAGGACCAAAAUCAAAAGUGUCUCCGAGUAUACAAGUUAAAAGAGGAGAGGAGACUGAAGAGACAAGUUCAAGUAAAUUGUUGGCCAAAGCAGAAGAGCUAGAGAAAUCUAAAGAAAAAGAAAAAGUUAAAAUCACCAAGGUGUUUGAUUUUGCCGGUGAAGAAGUCAGGGUGACUAAGGAAGUGGAUGCUACAUCUAAAGAAGCCAAAUCCUUCUUCAAGCAAAAUGAGAAAGAAAAACCCCAGGCUAACGUCCCUUCAGCUCCCCCGUCACUUCCUGCUGGGUCAGGGUUAAAAAGAUCAAGUGGCAUGAGUAGCCUUUUGGGGAAAAUUGGAGCCAAGAAGCAGAAGAUGAGCACCCUAGAGAAGUCCAAGCUGGACUGGGAGAGCUUCAAGGAGGAAGAGGGCAUUGGCGAAGAACUAGCCCUCCACAAUCGAGGGAAGGAAGGGUACAUUGAACGGAAAGCAUUUCUAGACCGAGUAGAUCACAGGCAGUUUGAAAUCGAGCGAGAUCUCAGGCUGAGCAAAAUGAAACCCUGAUGUAUUGAGGAACCUGCAGCAGCUUAAUCCUGUUUACAACGUGAGCUUUUUGUGCGUCUGUGAAAUGUUUGCUGUAUUUCUCAUCGACUGUUUCCCAGCAAGGUCUUUUUUUCUACAUUGAAUUUCUGUCUUUGUAUCUUGAUCUCAUUUUACUUUUAAUAGUUUAUCCUUUAAAAAAUAAAAAUAAAAAAGUACAAGUUGGUCCUGUGAGAGGCUGAAGAUGACA